AUGCCACGCAGCGUAUGCUAUCGUUCGAUUUUCCUGUAUUCGCUUUCAUUCGAUAUGGCUUGCACUGCGAUUCUUUUUUUGGCCAUCGAUCGGUUUGUUGCCGUCUGGUCACCAGUAAGAUAUCGUACGAUCGGAAUUAAACGCUUCAUUGUUGCUGCAGUUGCUUCGGGCCUUGCCUAUUCGACACCUAUUGUUUUUAUCAGUUUUGUUACUGCUGAUGAUAAGCUUAUCGAGCCUUGUAUUCCGUCACUGGCAUCUGCACCACAACUAAGAAUGAUUAGAAAUUAUGUGUAUAUAAGCAUUACGUUGCUUGUAGUUGUCCUGAAUGCGAUCAGUUAUUUGCUCAUUUAUCGUAGCAAGAAGAAACACGAAACAUCAGAAUACGGUGCAGCACAUCGAAUGCACGUUAUCAAGUCGAUGCUCGUCUUGAUGACUAUCUAUGCUACAACUAUGUUCGCAUCAUCCUCGACCUUAUUUAUUAUCAAUUUUUUAUCAUUUUCAAAGGAAACUAUUGCCGAUAUAACAUCAUUUAUGUCGAUUCUUGUGGUAAUUAAUUAUGGAUAUACUUAUUACGUUCUACUCUGGCGAUGUCGUGAUUAUCGAAAAGCAUUUCUGAGCCAACUGCACCUCUACGGAAGUAGCAGAAUCAGCGUUACUACAGUGAAAGAAACACGAAUUGAUAAAAACAUGAGCCCUAUAAGACUCCCUUCGGUGAAUUAUAUUUGA